AAGAGGAAAGGAAACCCAAAAAUAAAAACCUGUGGCGGAAAAUAGCCAGGAUUAAAUAAUCUCGGCAUCAACUUCCUUACUAGUGCUUGUAUUAAAGCAGACAAGGCUACAGACGCGUGUUCCACAGACGUUACAGUUGUAUCUAAAAGCGUCAGAAAUGGGAAAGUCAAGAGCAAGGGUCAUAAACGGGAUAAGGAAUACAAUAUGUAUAGUGAUGUCUACUAUUACUGUGGUCACCAUCAUCACUCUGAAGAUGUCAGCGGAGCCACCUACAACCAUAGUGAGUGAAUCAGAGUUCACAUCCCGGCUACGUGGCCCCUUGGCAGGAACGGACUCUCAAGUAGUGAAGAUAUUGAGGGACUCCUUCCUCAACCCUCCUUCAACUCUGCCCUACAAUUUAUCCGGUUACUUUAACUACCAAGAAGGGAGCAGUGGCUCGAGUUGGAUGUUCAUCCACCAGUUUGUAGAGAAAUUAUUCACGGGACAGCGGGAAGGAUUCUUUAUCGAGGCAGGAGCUCUGGACGGAGAGUACCUCUCCAAUACUCUGUGGUUGGAGCAGCAGCUGGGCUGGACAGGUCUGCUGGUCGAGCCAGAUCUACAUAACUACCAAGUCCUCACCCUCAAGCACCGCAAAGCCUGGACCUCAAACACCUGCUUUUCAUCUCAACCCUUCCCUAAGGAGAUCAUCUUGGUAUCCCUUCGGCGCAAGUCUUUGAAUCAACUUCACCCUUGGGACUUCCGUGGGAGCAGCUACGAACUCACCUACAACUUGGGUACAACAAUUACGGGGAAUGCACAGGAAUCUUACUCUCUAGUUCAGUGCUUUCCUCUCGUCACAUAUUUACUAGCCCUCAAUGUAACGAAAGUUGAUUUCCUGUCUCUGGACAUCCAGGGAAGUGAGAAGCAAGUGCUGGAAACCUUCCCCUGGAACACAGUGAGGGUCAGGCUGAUGGUGGUUGAAAACGUCACCAAGAAAACUGACCACGAUUUCAUUGCAAUUAUGAAAAAGCGAGGCUAUAAUUUGGUUGCUCUAGCUGGUGAUCAUGACUAUGUUUUCAUUGGUGAAAGUGAGUUCAAGUAUUAUCAUUUUCAAUUUAUACAUCCCAAGGAAGCAGUGAAGCAAUAAAUUAUACCGCAACCUUCCAACUGUUGAAAGUAAUGAUGGAAACUCCUAAUAUAUCUCCUGGACAUAAAAUGUGGAAAUCUGAAAUAAAAUCUGAAAUAAAUCUAAUUAAUUUGCCUUUUCUUCACAGUUGAACUAUUUUAGUUAAUGAAUGAACUGAAACUAUUUUGUUGUGAUCUUUAGGAUUAUUAUUAUUAUUAAUUAUUAUUGCUAUAUUCAUGCGUAAAUGAUAAACUCACAAUGAGACAUACAGAGGUAGGCUCACCGGCUUGAAUCACGAUCCUUAUAUGUACUCACCUACAUGUACUUGCAAGGAUCGAGUCAUAGCUUCUGGUCGAUACUAGGUCCACUCUCUCUCCCUGCUCCAAGAGCUUUAUCGUAUCUCCACUACAUCAGUCUCCAGAUUAUUUCAUUUCCCGACAACUCUAAGGCUGAAGAAAUACUUCCUAAUAUCCCUAUGGCUCUCUCAGAAUUUCCAACUUCCAGUUGUGUCCCCCUUGUUCAUGUGUCCCAUCUCUGAAACAUUCUGGCCCUGUCCACCAUGUCAAUUCCUCUAAGUAUUUUAUACGUUGUUAUCAAGUCCCCCCUAUCUCUCCUGUCCUCCAAUGUCGUCAGUCAGUUCUCUUAAAGCUGACCAGAAGAUGCAUUUUCUAGUUGCAUAAAAUUAAACAAAAUUUGUGCCUGCACAGCCUAAACCCAUGAAAUGUUCCAUUUCAUACGAUGCAUCAGCCAUUGAAG